AUGUCGACCACAUCUACUGAGCAUGGCGACCACAACUCUGCAGCCUUCAAGGCAGAAUACCGUGCCUAUAUGAAACAGGCAUGGUCCGACGACCUUAUCGAAAGACGACAGGCGAAGUUUUUAGACUACUUCUUCGACGAGUGCAACAGCAGAGGUUUGCGUGGAUAUGAAAAAAUGCGGCUUCAUUCCAUUUUCAUGUUGUCCAUAAAAGAGCAUAUGCAAAAAACGCAGCCUGAGUUUGAAAAGCUAGUCAGAGCGAAACGUAUAAACGAAGGCUUCGCAGCUGAUGAAAAGGUCUGGGUGCAGUUCAAAACAGAGUCAUUUCCUAAGGUGCAACCGCAACCUACCAUUCCCUUUGAAUAUAUCAUGAGGCCGCCGCCGCGAAUCAAUUGGGUUCCCGCACGCCUACGCUCGAUUACGGCUCACACCGCUGAAAUCAUCACUCACAAGACCCCUGUGUCACCCUCAAAGGCGAAGCCACAGGCUCGCCCACAGAUUCUUCUGAAUUCACCCAAGGCGAACUCCCAGCCCUCUCGAGGGAAAAAACAGAAUGAAUCGUUGCUGAAGGAUGUGUUGGUAUCUAAUGCCAUAAAAAUCAAGAGGAGAUUGAGUUUCGCGAGCAUGUUGCAGAAGGAAUCUAGGGUAGCGCUAAACUUCAAAAGUUCCUAA